UCACUAUGGUCUAUGAGUCAUCGAUAAUAUAUUUUGUACAAAACUAAAAAUUCUUUCAUACAUUUUUACCUUAUAUUAAAGUCCAAACUUUUACCAUAAAUGACAUUUUGGUUUCCCUCCUGUUAUCUGAUACUAAAGCCAACCCCGGGUGGAUACAUAACAGAAAAUAAUUUUAAAUAAAGUUUCCUGAUUACAUUAAGAAUGCACUCUUACAGAUCUAAUUUCCAAAACGAAGAAAUUCACUUGCGUUAUUAUGAAGAAGUUAUUCCUGAACUUGAAGAAAUUUUGGAUGUUAAAGAUUUAGCUACUCUGGCUAAAGUGUUUAUAUGCAGAGAUGUGUCAAUAAAAUAUGUUCUUAUUAACAGUAUGAUGGCAUAUAAGAGAGGAUAUAGUGUGCAGAAUCAGAAAGGAGGCUUGAAGGUCUUGGAUUGUACAUAUGAUUUAGUUAACUAUUUAGAGGAAAAUAAAGAAACCAUUGCAUUUAAAAAUAAGAAAGUGUUGGACUUAGGUUGUGGUCCUGGUAUAUUGGGAAUAUAUGCCUUACUAAAAGGAGCUUCUGUGGUUUUUCAAGAUUAUAAUAAAGAAGUCCUUGUAUAUUCUACUAUACCAAAUGUAAUAUUAAACAUGGAAGAAGAGCAAAUAGAUCAAAGAACUAAAAGCAGUAAAUUUUACUCUGGAGAGUGGCUAUCAUUUGACAGAGAACUUGAAGAAUCAGAAAAGUUUGAUAUUAUACUAACAUCAGAGACAUUAAGCAAUCUUAAAAAUCAUAAUAAGCUUAUUGCAUUACUUGAACACAGGUUAAAAGAUGAAGGAAUGAUUUUUAUAGCUGCUAAAUCAUAUUACUUAGGAGUUGGAGGUGGUGCAAGACAUUUUGAAUCAGCCAUUAAAAAUAGCUGUCUCAAAAGUGAAAUUAUAUGGAAAACAAGUGACAAAACAGAAAGAGAAAUUUUAAAAUUAAAAAAAUCAUAAAUUA